AUGUUUUUCUUUUGCAAACAUGCAAAGCAGAUAUGGAAAGCAGCUCCACUUCAGUCGGAUGGUUUGAAUGAUUUCAAGAACAAUUCCUGGCUGUGGUGGAAUGGUUUAAUGGAGGCAAAACAAAGAGCUGCAGGAAGAGCGCAUAUAGCCUUGACCAUCAACAUUCUUUGGCAAAUUUGGAAAUCUAGGAAUAAGAUGCAAUUCCAAAAAGAGGGGAGCUGCCCAAGAUUUACCAUUAACAAAGCAGUAGGAGGAUGGAUAGAGUACAAUGAAGCUAAUUCUAAUGGCAGGAUUGAAGAACAAAAAGAUGGAAAAUCUGAUAGGAAAGAAAGUCGAUGGCAGAAAGUGGGCUGGGGAGUGGUUGCUAGGGACAAGAAAGGGGAGCUGGUAGAAGCUUGGGCUGGAAGUUGUGACAGAUGUGGUGAACCAGUAGUAGAAGAAGCCAUUGCGAUCAGGUUGGCACUCUUGAAGGCACAUCAAAGGCAGUGGAGCAAUAUAAUCAUUCAAUCUGAUUGCAAAAGGGUUGUGGAUAAGCUUAUUGAAGAAAAUGCAGAGAGGGAAAUGGGGGUUAGUCAUAACUUGGCAAAAUUUGCCAUUACCAUAACAGGUGAGAUUGAGUGGAGGUCUUCCUUCCCAGUUUGGCUAGUUACUUUAGUCAAAGAAGAUGUAGGAGUAGUUGUUCCAGAUUUCUGA